GGCGGUGAUUCGGGUCAGCAGCACGCUUUCCAGGCCCUUGAGGCUGCAUCUAGAAAUCCACUGGAGCACUUCUCCAGCCUGAUGGCGGCGCUCGAACCUCACUCUCUGCUGCACUCGGGAUCCAGCAGCCCUGUCAACUCGGAGAACAGCGCAAUCUCGUCAGGAUCCGACCACCUGGUCUCUCUCAGAGUCUUCUCCUCCGUUGCCCCUGAUGCUGCCCAGACUGCAGGCGGAGGGUGUGAAACUGGACACAGAUGCCUGCUUGAAGCAGAACCCCCUGAACACCUUCACGAAUGCUUCCAGUGCUCAGGCCGAGGGGCCAGUGGUUGGGUGCUGGUCCACAGGUCCUGUCUGGCCCGGCUGGGACACUUUGGGCUUGAACAAACCCAUGUUCUGCAUCGAGAGAGAGGCGAAACUGCAUAAACAAGCUGCAGCCGUAAAUGAAGCCACUUACACUUGGGAAGGACGGCUUCCUCCACGCCACUACAAAAACCCUGUUUACUCCUGUAAAGUGUUUCUGGGAGGAGUGCCAUGGGACAUCACAGAGGCGAGUCUGUUGAACACGUUUAGUAUUUUUGGUCCAUUGAAAGUUGAGUGGCCAGGUAAAGAUGGAAAACAUCCACGUUGUCCUCCGCAAGGUUAUGUGUAUCUGCUGUUUGACUGGGAGAAGUCAGUGAAGAUGCUCCUGCAGGCCUGUGUUCAGCACCGCCUGCAGUCUGACGAUUAUCUCGAGUUCUACUACAAACUGUCCAGCAGGCGGAUCCACAGCAAAGAUGUGCAGGUCAUCCCGUGGGUGAUCUCAGACAGCAAUUUCAUCCGCUGUCCCGCCCAGCAUCUCUGCCGCAGUAAGACGGUGUUUGUGGGUGCUCUGCAUGGGAUGCUGAACGCAGAGGGUCUGGCUCACAUCAUGGACGAACUCUUCGGAGGGGUCAUGUAUGCAGGCAUCGACACAGACAAGCACAAAUAUCCCAUAGGCUCUGGCAGAGUGACGUUCAGAAGUCAGAGGAGCUAUUUGAAAGCCGUGACUGCAGCGUUUGUGCAGAUAAAAACCUGCAAGUUUACCAAGAAGGUCCAGAUUGACCCGUAUCUGGAUGACUCCAUGUGCCAAAUAUGUAACAGUCAGCCCGGCCCGUUCUUCUGUAGGGCUCAGGCCUGUUUUAAAUACUACUGUCGGUCAUGCUGGCAUUGGCAACAUUCUCUGGACGUGUUGAGCAGCCAUCAGCCUCUCAUGCGCAACCAGAAGGGCCUGAACCCCAAAUAAACCCACCGCUGCCGGCGUGGGGAAGAGUCCGGACUGAGUUCACUGUUUUGGGGAAGGAUGUUAGCGUGAGUCAAGGGCGACUCACUGCGUUGUAUUGCACUGCUCUCGUUCUCGUUCAUUAAGGCUCUAUGCACACUAAAGGGUUCGUUGAUGGUGACCCGAUUGCACAGGUAACCAGACAGCCAUCGUCAUGGAGAUCUGAUUUUAAGAGUUGUGUUUUAGAUUUUGCAUGCACAGAUUAUUAGUUUAUCUCGCAGGUUUGACCCUCUGAUGCAGGCAAAAGCCAGUCGGUGCCUUCGGCUUCUCUUUUGUUACCAGUGUUUUAAAACCAUUAUUUUGGUUCAUUUUAUUGAUUUUUAAGGUGGUUUUACCUGCUUUUCUACUGCUGGUUUAGGUCAUAGCAUAUGAAACUGAUUUUUUAAGUUUGCCUGCCUCAAGCGUCUUUUCCUGUAGGGCCUUUUUUAUUUUAAAUUUUUUAAAUGCUCUAUUAAAUGGUUGAUGAGCAUGUUGGCUUGUGAAAUGUUCUAGGAAGUGACAUCACAGCUGGCUGAUGCUGUUGCUUAGCAACCACCCCGCCGUCAAUCAUCCAUCAGAUCGGAUACACGUUAGCAACUCUGAAUGGUUCUGUGCUGUAUAUAGUUUUUAUCAAAUAAUAGCACUUUUUUUAAUGUAGCACUAGGGAAAUGUUUGCCAGUGGUUUUAAAAUCGUUUGUUUGAGCAGAUAAGAGGUGGAACCCUCGCGCUGAGUUUGGUGUUUUGUGUUAAACCCUCCUAACCUUAGUUAGUCGCUCUGGUUUCUCGCUGAAGCUGUGCCAAAGCGUAUAAUCUCUUCCUUGUUGCCUUUUGCAGCCGCUUUUUAGAAUUUCAAAGUCUCUACCUCAUUGCUCUGCAAGUAUUGCCAUGGUUAUUUACAAAUGUUCAGAUUGGACAAAAUAAAGUUGCUGAAGCA